UUUGAAUUCAAGUUUAGAUCCACGAGCGCUGGACAAAGACAUCGGAAUACUGUCCCAGUCCACCAAAGUUUAGUAUGAAAGACGCUAGUUACCGUAGAGGCUUUGUAAGCGCCCACAGCGCCACGGCCCCCAACGUCCAUCUGUACCACACAUGUCCUUUUCAGCUUACCUUCGUCAUUGCACAGUGGAAUACAAUAGGCUUGAAUCCGGCUGGAGGGCACUGACUAGUUAGUUAGUUAUACCGCAGUCACGCCACCUCUUCUGUCUGCGUGUAACUCAAGUCCAUCGUCCUCUUUGACGGAGGCGAACCAAUCAACCCUACCUUUCCACCUGCCCAUCUAACAGCCCCGUGCGCUUUACUCCAUACCAUGGCAUCCCACAACGCUCUCGACAGCCCCGACUCCUAUGCGGUCGCCUGGAUCACCGCUCUUCCCAUUGAGCGGGCCGCUGCAGAAGCCAUGCUGGAUGAAGAACAUGGAGCUCCAACCGGAUUCACUAGACACCAAACCGACCCGAACAUUUAUACGUGGGGUCGUAUGGGAGAGCACAAUAUCGUCAUUGCCUCUCUGGCCCCUGGAGUCUAUGGAACCACUUCGGCUGCUACCACCGCCUCUAGCCUACUUGCCUCUCUUCCAUCCAUCCGUGUUGGUCUUUUGGUGGGCAUAGGCGGCGGCAUCGCUCGACCGGACGAGGACCACGAUAUCCGACUCGGCGACGUUGUCGUGAGCCAGCCUAGUGGGACCACGGGUGGCGUCUGCCAGUACGACACGAUCAAGGCAAAUUCAGGUGACAAGCGUGAGCGCAAAGGCUUCCUCGGGCGGCCUCCGACGGUCCUCCUUAAUGCGCUUGCAAGCAUCCAGGCCGAUCAUGAGCGGAGAGACUCCAAGGUUCCCUACUUCCUUCAAGAAAUGCUGGAGAAGAACCCGAAGAUGACCAAGAGAUCCAAGCAAAAUCCUGGCUAUGCCCACCAGGGUUUCGAAAAUGACCGCCUCUUCAAAGCUUCGUGCGAACAUAUCCCCGGCUCGGACUGUCGGGACUGUGACACGGCUAACGAGGUUCAACGCGAUCCUCGAGACACUACCGAACCCCUUAUCCACUACGGGACCAUCGCAUCUGGAAAUACACUUGUCAAAGACGCCACUGUGCGCGAUCGGAUUGUUACUGACCUCGGCGAGGAGUGCAUCUGCUUUGAGAUGGAAGCGGCCGGCCUGAUGAACCACUUUCCUUGUCUCGUGAUCCGAGGGAUCUGCGAUUACGCCGAUUCUCACAAGAACGAUCGAUGGCAACGGUACGCCUCGGCCACCGCUGCUGCAUAUGCUAAGGAGCUUCUGGCGUACGUGCCAGCCGUUGAAGUCCAGGAGACCAAGAGGGCACUAAAAGUGCUUCAGUUGGUUCAACAACAGAUCAAUAGCGUGCAACAGACGACAGUUGCAACGAAAGCAGCUACAGAUUCCAUUAGGUCUGACCUUCGUACUGAUAAGAUCAUGCACUGGCUAUGUCCCCCGGACCCAUCUACAAACGCCAACCACGCGAGAACGCUCCGCCACGAGGGGACAGGGGCGUGGCUUCUGGAAAACCCGGUUUUCCAGUCUUGGCAUUCUGGAUCUCGUCGGCAUUUAUGGCUGCACGGGCUCGCCGGAUGUGGAAAGACGGUUCUCAGUGCGACUGUGCUUGAUCAUCUGGCUAAGGGGAAUAACCGUCUUAUCCUCAGCUUCUUCUUUGACUUCAGCGACACCACAAAGCAGACCUUGGAUGGCAUGCUGCGCUCGCUUGCUUUCCAACUUUACCAAAGCGGGGUUGGCUCUGCAAAUCAUCUUAAUGCUUUAUUUCAAGCACACCAGAAUGGCAGCGACCAACCUACCACAAAGGCACUCUUGGAUAUUAUAUUCAAGAUGCUUGCAGCCCAAAGGAAGGUCUCUAUCGUUUUAGACGCAUUGGAUGAAUCGAAAACCAGGGAUGAUGUUCUCCUGUGGAUUCAAGACGUGAUAUCCAGGCCAGAAUUGGCCCAUGUCCAGCUCCUUUAUACCGGUCGGCCUGAAUCUGAGUUUCUGCGCGACAUUCCCCCUUUAAUAGGAAAGCAAAACUGCCUAUCGCUUGAUAAGCAGGCUGUCAACGCCGAUAUCCGAUCGUGGGUCACAGCACAACUUUUUCAACGACGUUAUUUUAAAGAGAAGCCCUUGUCCGAGGAUCUCCUCGAAAGGAUCCGGACGAAGGUUGGCGACGGGGCCGACGGAAUGUUCAGGUGGGCGUUCUGUCAAUUGGACAGCCUGGCUCGAUGUCGUCACGAGGCAGGUAUAGAGGAGGCUCUUGCAUCUUUGCCGAUGAAUCUAGAUGAGACAUACCGACGUAUGAUUGCAAGCAUACCGACGGAGCUAAAAAACGACGCAAUACGCCUCCUGCAAUUCUUAGUCCACUCUAAGCGACCUCUCAAGCUGGCCGAGGCUAAAGAAGUGAUAGCAACGCAGAUCGAAAACGGGACGGGGAGGUUUGACAUCAAGCGUCGACUGUUCUGCGAGACUGAUGUUUUAGACUACUGUCCCGGCCUAGUGACAGUCAUUCCCACCGCCGAUAAGGAGUUACAUCUUGCCCACUUUUCCGUCAAAGAGUACCUUAUCAGAGAGGAUCAGUUCGAGAUUACGACAGCCAGCUUAUCUAUCACGAGGACGUGCUUGACUUACCUUACGGACAUCACUGGUAGCCACACAGAUAUCAAGCGGGAUUUUCCGAUGGCAAGACGAGCGGCAGAAAUCUGGACAGGACAUGCUGCGUUGGCUCAGGCCUCGGAAGAUAUAGUUCGAGUGACGGUUGAGUUCCUAGAGAAGGAAGCGACAUUUCAACGAUGGGCUCGUUUGUAUCAGGCUGACAGGAACUGGGACACUGAACCUGGUCCUCCGCGAGGAUCCAGGCUCUACUAUGCUUGUUUCGCUAAGCUCAUAGCGCCUGCACAAGUUCUUAUUAGUAAAGGAGCGGACGUUAACGCGCAGGGCGGACAAUACGGGAAUGCACUCCAGGCCGCAUCACUCGGAGGCCAUGAAGAGGUGGUGAAGAUGCUGUUGGAUCAAGGUGUCGACGUCAACGCGCAAGGUGGAGAAUACGGGAAUGCACUCCAGGCCGCAUCACUCGGAGGCCAUGAAGAGGUGGUGCAGAUGCUGUUGGAUCAAGGCGCCGACGUCAACGCCCAAAGUGGAAAAUUUGGCAGUGCACUCCAGGCUGCAUCAUCAAAAGGUCAUGAGAAAGUGGUACAACGUCUGCUCGGCCGAGAUCCUGACGUUAACACUCAAUGUGGGGAGUAUGGCAAUGCACUCCAGGCUGCAUCAUGGGCAGGACAUGAAAAGAUAGUCCAGAUGCUGCUGGAUCGAGGCGCCGUAAUGAGCACUGAAGGUGGAUUUUUCGGCAACGCAUUUCACGUCGCAUCAUGGCACGGUCGUGACAAAGUGAUGCAAGUGCUGUUAGACCAAGGAGCUGACAUCAAUGCCCAGGAUGGUCAUUUUGGGAAUGCAUUGCAAGCUGCAUCAUGGGGAGGCCAUAAAGAGGUAGUCCAAAUGCUACUAGAUCAAGGUGUUGAUAUCAACACACAAGGUGGACUAUACGGUAAUGCACUUCAAGCUGCUUCAUGGAGAGGCCAUGAAGAGGUUGUCCAGCUACUGUUGGAUCGAGGUGCCGUGAUCAGUACCAAAGGGGGAAAUUUUGAUAAUGCACUCCAAGCCGCAUCGUCGAACGGCCAUUGGAAGGUGAUGCGGUUGCUAUUAGACGAAGGUUCUGAUGUUAAUGCUCAAGGAGGAGAGUAUGGCAAUGCACUCCAAGCUGCAUCAUGGUCAGGGCAUGAACAGGCGGUCCAGCUGCUGCUAGAACAAGGUGUCGACGUCAACGCUCAAGGCGGAAAAUUUGGCAGUGCACUCCAAGCCGCAUCAUCGAAAGGCCAUGAAAAAGUCGUACAAAUGUUGCUAGAUCAGGGUGCUGAUGUUAAUAUUCAAGGUGGAUUUUAUGGAAAUGCGCUCCAAGCUGCGUCCUUAACAAAUCGGAAACAAGUGGCACAGAUGUUACGGGAUCAGGGUGCUGUUACGGGACAAAGUCCUAAAUGAUGGAAGACACACACCUCCUUUUUCCUACGGUCAACAAUGCCAUUUGUCAAAUCAUGCGGUUAUUGUUACAGUGCAAAGUUGACUUCCAUGUUUUACAAAGUGUAUCUAAAAACUUGACACAACGAUGAGGAGACCCCUAAGGUCACCCGAACACAUCCCAAGAACUCGUCGAGUCACUUCUUCCACCUCUCGAGACUUAGCUGCGGG